CUGCCACGCCCACGCUAUAACUCCCACUCAGCUGUCACAGUGAAGACGCGUUCAGGUUCCACUCUCAUCCAUUCACAAACCCGCGGAGCGUGAGCGUGACACCGCACCACGCGUCGCACUGCGCGGCUCGUCUGUCAGUUUUUGGAGCAACUUGUUGCGCAGCUGCUAUUUUCUAACCUCCUCCUCCUGCUGCUCCUGCUUCGGCUGGUUCUCUUCUCUUCUCUGGUCCAUUAUUACCGCAGGAACAGGCGCUGCUUUGUGCUGCUGCGUCUCCGAGUGCUCAGACUUUUCUGUGGAAACACUUUUCCACGUUUCACCGUGGUAAAAAAAAGUGUGUUUGUGUGUGGGUGUGGGGGGGAGGAUGAGAGCAGACAUCGUGGAUCAGUGGACGAGUUUCCCCUCGGUUGCCUCCAUCGCAUAGGGAAGAGUGGAGGGAGUCUCUUGACGAAUAUGAUUUUGGAGGCAGGAGAUGAGAGUCAUGAGCUGGACGCGUCCUGGUCACGCACUGGACUGGAGCCACAGCCUCUUCUACCUGACUCUGCUCCUGUGGACCAGACGCAUGAGUGGACUGGCUGACUUCUCAAACUAUCUGUCCAGGAUCAUCACCAGUCACUCGGCUCACGCGUGCGACGGUCAGCCUCUGCGGCUCCACUGCCCGCGUCACUCCACCAUCUCCAUCCAGUCGGCCUUCUACGGCAGCGGCGAGGCGUCGCUGUGCAGGGCAGACCCGCACUCAGGCCCUCCACUCAGAAACCACAGCUGUUCCGCUUUCACUGCCCUGCAGGUGUGUGACGAGGCUUCACGGACACUUUCCACUCUCACUGAGUCAGGUUGUGAAACGAAACUGCUCUCCGAGUGUCAGAGCAACAGAGAAUGCCAACUUCCUGUCAGUCACCUGCUGUUUGGGAGAGACCCAUGUCCCGGCACCGUCAAAUACCUCCAUGUGGACUACAAGUGUAAACCCACUGAACACAGAAGACACGUGGCAUGUGAGGGGGACACCAUGGUCCUGCGCUGUAAACCUCCCAGGGUGCUGAACAUCUAUGCAGCUGUCUAUGGCAGAGGUCUGAGCCACAGUUACACCUGCCCCUCACACCUGACCAGACCACCCCCUUUUGAGUGUCUCAACCACGAGGCUGUUCACUCGGUGUCCCAGUCCUGCUACGGCAAACCGCGGUGUGCCGUUGCCGUCAGCAACCAGACCUUCAGGGACCCGUGCUUUCCAGGAACUAGGAAGUACCUCAGUGUGAUCUAUUCCUGUGUACCACACUCUUUACUGAAGGAGGCAGACCCCAACGUAUUCAGCUCCACCUCCUCUCCGACAGUCAAAACAGGAAACGAUCUGGACGAGAUUUUCUCCAAAGGUCAGAGAAGACCGGGCAGCUCAGGCGCGAUGAUGAGUGACUCUCUCCUGGCCUACGCUUAUAUUAAAGAACGUCCAGAAAUGGCUGCUCUGCUCUUCACCUCCAGCGUUUGUGUCGGCCUUCUCGUCACACUGCUGGCCGUCUCGGUCCGAGUGACCUGCAGGGGGCGCCAGGUUAAAGAUCAAAGACUCGUGUCCAAGACUCUCCAGGAGGAUGAUGACGAUGAAACAGAAGACGAUGAUGAUGACGACGACGACGAAAACGUCGAAGAAGGAACAGGAAGUUCUUUAAUCUCCGCCGCGGAGAGGAAAGCGGCGAUGUACAGCUGGGAGGAAGUGACGUACGUGAGCGAGGCAGCCGAACGCGCAGAGAGGAUCGAGCGCAGAGACAUGAUCAUUCAGGAGAUCUGGAUGAACGCGUAUUUGAACGGCAGCUCGUGCUAAACGAACAUUCAGGAAUUGUUUUUUAUUGACUGGAAAAAGUUUUUUUU